AUGUUCUUUUCUUCUUCUUAUUGUCGCACUGCUUUUUCCUUCAAUGCUCCAAAGAUCUUGAGAUCGUCUUUUGCAUCAGUCUCAGCAUCUAUAUCCGAAACUACAGCAAAAGCAACAAGAAAGAAAAGACUGAUCAUUGACAAUAGAUCUCCUUCAUUAAGUGAUUUCUUAGCACAGACAGUACCUAAAAAGAAGCUAGAUGCAGCCUUGAUUAAACCUGAUAGUGUUCCUUAUUUGCAAACACAAAGCGAGAAUUUGGGAAAGGGGAGAAAGUUUUAUAUCGAGGUUUAUGGAUGUCAGAUGAACGUCAAUGAUACAGAAAUAUUGAAUUCAAUCAUGACCAAAACUGGAUAUCAACGAACAGAUCGCUUAGAUGAUGCCAACGUUGUGUUUCUUGUCACUUGUGCAAUCAGAGAUAAUGCAGAGGUCAGGAUAUGGGAGCGAUUGAAGUACUUGCGCCACUACAAGACAAAGAUCAAUCUAGAUUCACCUCCUAUUGUUGGUGUAUUGGGUUGUAUGGCUGAGAGAUUAAAGAGCAAACUACUUGAAGAAGAUCGACUUGUGGAUAUUGUGUGUGGUCCAGAUGGUUAUAGAUCUAUUCCUCAUCUUAUUUCUUUAGCAGAGGAUGAAUAUGAUGGAGUGGCUAAUGUGAUGUUAUCAGCAGAUGAAACUUAUGCAGAUAUCAUGCCAAUGCGCUUAGAUAUGGAUAACGUCUCUGGAUGGGUGUCUAUUAUGCGAGGAUGUAAUAAUAUGUGUGCUUUCUGUAUUGUGCCAUUUACAAGAGGCAUCGAACGAAGUAGACCGAUUGAUUCAAUUCUAGAUGAAGUGAGAUAUCUAAGUGAUCAAGGGGUUAAAGAAGUGACCGUGUUGGGCCAAAAUGUCAAUUCUUAUAGGGAUGAAUCAGAGUCAAAAUACUUUAUGUCUAGCAGUGGCGUUGGAUCUCAAUUGAGUAACUCUGGAUUUAAAACAAUCUAUAAACGAAAGAAAGGUGGUAGACGUUUUACUGAACUGCUAGAUAGAGUGAGUUUGAUUAACCCAGAGAUGCGUAUACGAUUUACAUCACCACAUCCAAAAGACUUUCCAACGGAUCUACUACACUUGAUCGCAGAACGACCCAAUAUUUGUAAUUCAAUUCACCUGCCUAUUCAAUCAGGCAGUAAUACCGUACUCGAAAGAAUGCGUAGAGGAUACACUAGAGAAGCUUAUUUGGAUCUUGUGGCAGAAAUGAGAAGGAUUAUACCAGAUGUUUGGAUCAGCAGUGACUUCAUUACCGGCUUCUGUGGGGAGACUGAGCAGGAACAUCGAGAUACGGUGCGUUUGAUGGAACAAGUCAAAUAUGAUACAGCCUUUAUGUUUGCUUACAGUAUGCGAGAAAAGACCCAUGCGCAUCGUAAAUAUAUAGAUGAUGUGGAGGAAGAAACAAAGAGCAGACGACUUCAAGAGAUUGUUACCACAUUCCACCGAGAGGCGUCCAUAAAGAAUCAAGCGUUGAUUGGAACAACUCAGCUAGUGCUGAUUGAUUCAGACAGACCCAAGAUAAAGUAUGGAAUAGAAGCAAAAAUAAGUGGACGAACAGAUGGCGGUCAUAAGGUCUUUGUUCAACACGAUGAUAGUAAAGAGACGUUAAAAAAGGGAGAUUAUGUCAAAGUUCGUAUUCUUCAUGCUUCAAGUGCAAGCUUGACUGGAUCAUCCUUGGGUCCUUGCAGCAUUCGUGAAUUCAGUAGCGCCAAAUAA